AUGAAGAUAUGGAGCUCGGGGCUGAAACUUGGCUUCGCUAGUUCAUGGGUGCAAUGGAUUAUGCUUUGUAUCUCCUCUGUCUCAUAUCAAGUUUUGAUCAAUGGAGAAGCAAAAGGGAAAAUUAUACCAUCUCGUGGCCUUAGACAGGGUUAUCCACUCUCACCUUUUUUGUUUAUUAUCUUAACCGAAGCGCUCAUUGCACAAAUACAAGGUGCGGAGGAAGAAGGAAGGAUCACGGGGUUGAGAAUUGCGAGAUCAUGCCCACCAAUCUCCCAUCUCCUGUUUGCAGAUGAUAGCUUGUUCUUCUGUAAAGCUGAUGUCCUGCAGUGUGGAGAGUUAUUUAAGAUCAUUAAAUGUUAUGGAGUAGCUUCGGGACAACAAUUAAACACAGCGAAGUCAUCAAUAUUUUUUGGUAGCAAGGUUCCACAAGCAACUCGAGUUGAGCUCAAACGUACACUCGGUAUCACUAAGGAAGGAGGUAUGGGAACCUAUUUGGGUCUACCAGAAAAGAUAAGUGGCUCCAAGAAACAAGUUUUUGCAUUCGUACAAGACCGCCUUAGUAAGCGUAUAAACUCUUGGUCAGCUAGACUUUUAUCUCGAGGAGGUAAAGAAGUACUUAUCAAAUCUGUAGCUCAAGCUCUACCAACAUAUGUUAUGUCCUGUUUUCUGCUUCCACAAGACAUAAUCAAGAAACUCCAAAGCGCUAUUUCCAACUUUUGGUGGAGCAAUAAACAAAAUAGUCGGGGGCUACAUUGGAUAGCCUGGGACAAAAUCUGUAUCCCGAUAGAGAAGGGAGGUCUCGGCUUUCGCGAUCUACAAUUGUUUAAUCUUGCUCUACUGGCGAAACAAUUAUGGAGACUGUUGUACUAUCCAUCCUCUCUUUUGGCAAGGAUCUUGAAGAGUCGGUACUACAGAAAUACGUCCCCACUUGAGGUAGAGAAAUCGAAUGCACCAUCUUUCAGGUGGCGAAGCAUUAUGGCGGCCAAGGAUCUCCUCCAAAAGGGGCUGAGAAGAACUAUUGGAACCGGAGAAACAACCUUAGUAUGGAGAGACCAAUGGAUCCCAGCAGAACAACCAAGGCUCCCCAAGGACUCGGGUAUAUAUCAGGAUGCACUUCUACUUGUAUCACAGCUUUUGGAACCCCUAUCAAAAGAAUGGAUACUCGAUAAGUUGGUGGAUCUGUUUGAUGUGGAGGAUAACCAACUUAUCUUGAGUAUACGUCCAAGCCGUGUACAACGACCUGACGGCUUUUGCUGGACGUACUCUAAGCCAGGGAAAUAUUCGGUCAAGACGGGUUAUCAACUAGCCAUGCAGCUUAAAGAUCUUCUUGCUCCACAACCGAUUGUACAACCUAGUACUGAUGCCAUAAAAUCGAAAAUAUGGACCCUGAAGACACGUAAGCUGAAACACUUUGCUUGGCAAUCGGUUGCAGGAUGUGUCCCAACUCGUUGUCGUCUAGCGGAGAGGCACUGUGGCACAGAUCGGAAAUGCCCAAGGUGUGGCGCUGAGUCUGAGACCAUUAACCACAUGCUUUUUGAAUGUCCAGUAGCGCUGCAAGUAUGGGGUUUUUCGAAUAUCCCAACAAAUCCGGAAGUUUUUCCGAGACCCUCUCUGUUCUAUAACAUGGAUUAUCUCCUCUGGCGUGCGAGAGAGAUGAGAGCUACUGAAGAAAGCCUUGAGAUUUUCCCUUGGAUCUUGUGGUAUCUAUAG